UCGCACCCAACAACUUUCUCUCAUUCUCUCUCUCUCUCUCUCUCUCUCUCUCUCUCUCUCUCUCAAUUGAGAAAAUAAAAUUAAAGCCUAAAAUAUGGAACAAAAUAAUCUACCAGAAAUUGCCAAGAGAAUAUGGAGUAUAGUACGUGUAGCUUUCUUCAUGCUAAGAAAGGGCAUUUCAAAGCGAAAGCUCCUACUGGACUUCAACAUGAUGAUGAAGCGUGGCAAGCUCGCCAGCAAAACCUUAAGCAAUCUUAUGUUCCACAACCAUCACCAUAGCCAAAGCCACCCCCACUACAGCUGGGCCACCUCCUCUGCCGCCCAACGAGAGUACGAGUUUAGCUGUAGCAACACCCCCAACUACCAUUUUCACCUCAUGGGCAAGCGCCGCCACCACAACCUCUUCAAGUGUACUCAAGUGCCGCAGACUCAGGAUGAUGAGAUUGCGAGCGCAGGUGCCGUCACGGCAGUUUUGGAGAUGUUGAACAAUGAAGCGGUGACUGUGGAGGCAGCAGCAUACGUGGCAGCAUCACCGGUGCUUCCUGGGUUUGGGAAGAGCCCUAUGGUCUGCCAGCUGAGGAUAACGGACUCACCGUUUCCGUUGAGGGAGGCUGAUGAGGAAAGCCACGUAGACAAAGCGGCGGAGGCGUUUAUAGAGAAGUUCUAUAAGAAUUUGUGGCAACAGAGGAGAAUGCAUGAGGAAUGAGUUUGGCGUCAUGCUUAUAUCCCAUACUUUGAAGAUUAAUGUGAUGUGCCCUUAAUGUUCAAUUUGGCAAGUUAUGAUCGUUUUAGUACGUCUUACUGUUGUUGAGUGUUGAUAAACAAUAAAAGAGAACUAUCUUUUUAGUACAUUAUUGUUGUUGAGAGUUGAUAUACAAUAAAAGAGAACUAGCUUAAUUAGUUAGUUUUAGUAGUUGUGUCAAACUGCAGUUGUUUUUUCUUAAUUGAUCAGUUUUCAAGUACUUGAUUGA